AGACGGGACGUUCAGCAGCAGCUGCCUGCAUACACUGGAUGCGAGCAGCAGCCCCCACCGUGCCAUGCCCAUGCCACCGUGCGACAGCGGUCCCUGACUGAACGGUCCCUGCUGAGCCAGGCUGUCCCCAGUCCUGCCUUCCCAGGCCCCUGUCCCAGCGCCAGGCAGCAGAGCCAUCUGGCAGCAGGUCCCCUUGCACUCCGCUUUAUUUUGUGCUCAACCGGUGGCUUUCAGAGGGCUGUGACAAAGCCGAGUGGGUGCCACCUCCCAGGUUCCUUACGGGCAGCGGUGAGGCCAUCACCCCUGGGCAUAUGAAAAGCUGCCUGGAGAACAGAGAGGUGGGAUGCAAAGCCCAGUACCUGCUGUCCCCCAUUUACCAGUUGAGCAAUCGAGGCAACACGUGCCCUGCAAACCCAUUGGCAGCAUGACAAAUCCGGGCAAGCAGCGCCUGUAAGGAGCCAGACCUCUUCCCUCAUCACAGUACGCAGCCUGGACACCCAGAGCAUGGCCACUGGUCUGUGGCUGGUGUCCCCAAGUGACAUCCCACCAGGCUGGAGGUGCACGUGGUGCUGCUGACCCAGGAGGGCUCUGAGCAUCGUGGCGCAGGAAGAUACAGCCUCUUCCAGUGGUGCAGCAGGCUCUUAUCACCCACCUGCAGCUGGCCGAAGGGAGGGGAGAUGCAGCAGAUCCUGUGAUGCAAACAGGACGGGGGCACUUCAGGAACAUCAAGAGGGAACUCCCAAAUUCAAGUGUUAGAUGAGGUCACAUGCCUGCCGGCAGCUUCAGGGCAUGGGAGGUGGUUGCCAAGAGGAGAGGAGGUGGAAGCUCCCGUGGUGCGAUCCCCCCCAGAGAGGCGAAGGUGCCGAACUCCCAGCUGUGCUCUCCGGGCCAGCCAGCCCCUCUGGACUUUGAUCUGCUCGCUCGAACAAGCUGGAAAUGCUGUGCAAGCCCAGGCCAGCCACGAGCUGAUGAGAUCAGGGGAGUGGAGAGCAGACUGAAGACCUUCAGACCCAUCCAAAACCUCCUUUCCUGGAGUCAGCCUGCAGGGAAUCCUGCCUCCCCUCCCGCUGAUUUUCUGCAGACACGCUGGUAUCCAGGAUGGAGAGAGACGAGAGUGAGACCCUGGCCAAUGAGGUGGAGGAGAUGAGUGGAAGAGCACUAGAGACACCCACGCUGAGGUGCAGGUGUCUGCACAGCCGAUGUGCACCCAUCCACUCAGGCGCAUCCUCCUCCCGGAAACUGAGGUCUCCUCGGCCAGGGAUCGCAUGGAAGCUCCUGGAUCAGGAGCAAGGGCAGGAUCAGGGCAGCACUGAGGCUGGGGCCGUCCAGCACGAGGAGGUUUCCCACCCCAUGCUGGACAUCUCUGGGCAGGGGAAAGGAAAUCGCCCCGUCCCUUCUUCUGCUGGGAUGGAUGCAGCCCCAACGCACCCCUGGGGCUGCCUGUCCCGAGCAGCUUCUCCUCCUCUGUCCCCAGCCGACGUGACCCUGGACCCAGACACCGCCAACCCCUUCCUCAUCCUGGCUGGCGACCAGCGAGGCGUGGGACGGGGGGACGAGUGGACCUCGCUGCCCAACAACCCCGAGCGGUUUGACACGGAGCCGUGCGUGCUGGGCAGCCAGGGCUUCGCCGCAGGGAGGCACUGCUGGGAGGUGGAGGUGGCCAAGGCGGGGGACUGGUGGGCUGUGGGGGUGGCCCAGGAGUCUGUCAGGAGGAAGGGGGUCCUCAGUUUUAACCCCCAGGAGGGGAUCUGGGCCGUGGGGCAGUGGUUUGGACAAUACCAUGCUUUCACUGACCCUGACUGGACCCCCCUGCACCUCGCCUGCCUCCCCAGGGCCAUCCAGGUCUGCCUGGACUUUACAGCCAGGCAGGUGGCAUUUGCUGAUACCGAAAACAAAGCCCCAAUCUUUGCUUUCUGCCUGGCUUCACAUCCCGGGGAGAGGCUACGCCCGUGGCUCUGGGUGGGGAUGGACUCGUGGCUCAAGCUGUGCCCCUGACAUGGAGGGAGCGCGGGUGACAGGGGGAGACUGGAAAGGUGAACACCAUCAUCUUGGGUCUUGGUGCUGGGAACUGGGAGGGUCCUGUGUCCUGCUGGCUUCUCCUCGCGUGGUUCCUCUGGCCACUAAGUGGGAGGACUGGCAGGUCUUGGAGACGGAUGCCACCAAAGAGCCUACUUCAUCCCCUCCACCCCACAGCUGGGACUGCAGAGACAACGGGGAGCACAGAGAUUUGGUGCACAGAGGAGCUUGGUGCCAGGUGGCCCCAGGGCAGAGAAGUGGCAUCAGUGCUGGGGUGCUGAAGAGCGGCUCUGUACAAGGCCAUGAAAACUCCUUAAAAGGUGCUGGAGUAGUGUCUCUGGCUUUUUUCAAUUAAGCUUAAUGACCAAGUUAAAAAAAACCUCCAAACAUAGCUGGAUGCUGGAGCUCAUGAUAACGCUUAUCUUCUCUAUACAUCCAAAGCCUCUCCUUGCCUUAUUUCCAGUUCUCACUGACAUGUGCAUUAAACACAUUUCUUGCAGCAGAGCACUAGUAAAAGCUACAGGGGCAGCCAAGGAAGGUAAGCAAGAAAUUGAGAAGUGUCUGAAGUCCACAGGCGAGGCAAUUCCCACAGAUCUGCCAUUCUCUGAUCUCCCCUCAUCAAGGUCUCCUUCUCCUCACAUAGACUAGACUAGACUCUUUCAGUUGGAAGGGACCUACAACGAUCACCUAGUCCAACCGCCUGACCAUUUCAGGGCUGACCAAAAGUUAAAGCAUGUUAUUAAGGGCAUUGUCCAAAUGCCUCUUAAACGCGGGGAGGCUUGGGGCAUCGACCACCUCUCGAGGAAGCCUGUUCUAGUGUUUGACCAUCCUCUCGGUAAAGAAAUGCUUCCUCAUGUUACGUCUGAGCCUCCCCUGGCGCAGCUUUGAACCAUUCCCACGCAUGACGCGUGGAUCCCAGGGAGUAGAGAGCAGCACCUCCCUCUCCACGUCCCCUCCUCAGGAAGCUGCAGAGAGCAAUGAGGUCGCCCCUCAGCCUCCUUUUCUCCAAACAAGACAAACCCAGAGUGCUCAGCCGCUCCUCAGAGGACAUGCCUUCCAGCUGUAGAUCUGCUCCGGAGAACUGGGAUUUUGAGGAAAUGACGUUCAAAGGACAUGCUAGACCUGGAAAAGGUGGGGGGUCCCCACUCCCAGGGACCUUGCUUUGUCCUCUCCUGCUAACUCCUGCUCUUAGGAGAAGAAAAGGUGAAUGUAGGUGAAGGGGAACAUUGCCUGGGUCCAGCCUGGAUUCCUUCUUCUCCAGCUACAUUGCUGGUUGGACCCUCUUAGUGCCAACUCGUCACCUUUGUGGUGGCAGCUGGGCACAGGCAACAGCAUUGGUGUCCCUGGUCUCCUCCAAUGCCAUGGGGUCUGGUCCUCGCAUCUCUGGAGAAUAGCCAAGGAGGCGGCCGAGUUGCGUGCCGACCAGCUGCCUGGUGCCCGGAGCCCCGGGUCCUGCGGAGAGAUCCCAGCCACGAGCACACACAUACCUGCAGAGUCCCAAAACCAAUCCUGAAACGUGAGGGGUCUCUUUGAAGCACAGAGCACCCUCCUUGUCAUGGGAAACACCCCAAAGGACUUGUCCCGUGUGGUGAGGAACACCUACCUCAACCAAGAAAAGGAAAUUGCUUUCUGAAAGCCAGCUUAGCCACCCUGAUGCAGGCAGGGUGAGACCGGAGGAAAGCUGGGUUUCUCAACAGAUGGGUGCCCUGGAUCCUCUUCACUGGAAUUUUGUGUUUUGGAGGGUGAGAAAAGGUUUAAUGGGUUCCUCUUUGCUGUGCCCCCCCCCAAAAAUAAUAAUAAAAAAACCCCAACUCUUUGGCAGCUGAGUUGCAUAAUUGCAGCGUUUUGGUAGGAAAUACAACAAUUUCAUGUAGGAUCGCACCAUGAAGACUCACAGGAGUUUACAUUCAGCGCUCUUCUUGUGCAAGAGGUAUCUCUGCGUUCUGGUGCCACUGCAGGUAGGAAGUCUUCAGGAACGCAGAGGUCCUUGAAAAGCAAGGCCAGACUAAUAUGGGCCCUCUAAGGGGCACGUCUCAGGAAGACAACCUCAGCCAGGAGUUUUUGUCCCAUACCCAGAGCCUGCGUGGACGGCGCGUCACAGCUGCGACCAAGCAAAGGCAUGGGGCCGGCAGUCGACCCGCUGCCGCACCGGUCGGUGGCCGGGCAUGGAGGCCAGCGGGGAACUCACGAAGCCCACGGUCUCGUCAGCACCAAGGUGGGGCCUGUCCUGGCAGCAAAGGCAGAGCAGGGUGUUGAUCAGACCUACGUGAUCCUCCCUGUGCCCGGGGGAACAGGCUGCAGCGACGGGCAGUGGAGGCAACUCAAUAAACAGUUUUUUCUCAACGCUA